GCGCUCUGCUUCAUUGCUUCCCUGACACAGAGCAACUCUGCCUGGUUGCGGUUCUCCGUCGCAAUCUGAGAAGUUAGACCUGCUGAAGCGAGCGGCCGAUUCGUUUUGUUAGAAUAACCGAUACUCAAGCAGCCCACGCUCUGGGACAAAUCCAAUGCUUGAUUGCUCUUUUUUGACAUUAUUUAAGGGUGAGGGUGAAAUGCCAUUGGGCGAUAUUAUGAGAUUAGACUUAGAGAAAAUUGCCCUGGACUACAUUGUACCUUGUUUGCGCGAUAUUGGCUUUUGCUACUUGGACAAUUUCUUGGGCGAGAUCAUAGGGGAUUGCGUCUUGGAAUGUGUAAAACAGAUGCAUUAUAGUGGGGAGCUGCAGGAUGGUCAACUGGCCGGCCAGCGCCAUGGCAUCUCCAAGAGACACUUGCGAGGAGACAAGAUAAAGUGGAUCGCAGGCACUGAGAAAGGAUGCGAGGCCAUCAACUUUCUCCUGUCACUGAUAGAUAGACUGGUGAUGUUUUGUGGCAGUAGAUUGGGUAAAUACUAUGUCAAGGAAAGGUCCAAGGCUAUGGUAGCUUGCUAUCCUGGGAAUGGAACUGGCUAUGUGCGUCAUGUGGACAAUCCCAAUGGAGAUGGGCGAUGUAUCACCUGCAUUUAUUACCUGAACAAGAACUGGGAUUCAAAGCUGCAUGGAGGGAUUCUACGAAUAUUCCCAGAGGGCAAGUCCUAUGUAGCGGAUGUCGAACCCAUCUUUGACAGAUUACUUUUUUUCUGGUCAGACCGAAGGAACCCACAUGAAGUGCAGCCUUCCUAUGCAACAAGGUAUGCAAUGACUGUGUGGUAUUUCGAUGCUGAGGAAAGAGCAGAAGCCAAAAAGAAAUUCAGGAAUUUAGCUGAUGCAGGAAAGACAGAAGCAGUUCUCAGUAAAGACUGAAUAACAAAAUGAUUUGAUACAAUUUUUGUAUAAUGAUAAUUUUCGGACUAUUUGCAAGCAAUAAGAUCCAAAGAUUACAUGGUCUGUUUUUUAUGAUUAUUGGAUAUUCUUCAAUGCACUAUUUUUGACAUUAACUAAUGUUUGCAUAUUACCAUGAUGGUACUCAUGACAGCUUCCAAUCUCUUCUAUUUGGCGUAAGCAUCCCUCUUCUGUUCUUGCCUUUUAAUUGAAGAAUACCACCAGAAUGAAGAAUAUCACCAAAUCUCAUAUGAUAUCAAGGUGAA